CUUUCACCGUCCUUUGUCAUCAGUUUACGGCGCAUUGUUUUGUUUUGGGACAGAAAAUAACAGAAAAUACUACUUUAUUUCCCCCGAAAAACUAUGCGUUCGAGGUGUCUGUUUGCGUCGCAUAACAAGAAGCAUACAGGGCGUUUAUUUUAGUUGUUUUUUCAUCAUUCGGAAAGUGUGGUAUUUUUCAGGUCAAACUAGCUUAGCAGUUAGCUGGUUAGCCUGUCGAAAGGCUGUCCUGAUUGGAGCAGGACGAAUUCCAGGCUGUGCAAAGAAGGGAACAAAUCUCAGCUGCUAUGCUCCGAGCAAGUUGGUCAACGUUGGAUUGUAUGCUUUAUGUUGAGUUUGUGACCCUGUUAAGCUGAAAUAUGCUUUCCUUAGAUUAAAAUUAACCCCUCGGACAGUUUGGUACUUUUGUAGCCUUUUAAAAGUGCCAAUUGAACGGUCUGUUAGCCACGUAGCUACCUCUCAGUAGGAGGACAUUUAAAAUGGCGGAAGGCUGGCCCAUUCCUCCAGCUCUGGUUGUCCUGCUGCUAAGUUUGAGUGCCUGUGUCACUGGUUCUUGUCCCGCUGCGUGCUCCUGUCUAAAAGGACACAGCGGGGUCCAUAUUUUGGACUGCAACAGGAAAAGAUUGUCCGCUGCCCCCUUGGACGUCCCAGAUGGGAUAACUCAUGUCACCCUGAAUCACAACGAGCUGGCUGUUUUCCCCUCUCUUGGAAACAUUUCUUCUAACAUCACCUCACUUCUACUAGUCAACAAUCGGAUCUCAGAACUGUUGAUGCAUCAGCUGCAGCCAUACAAUUCUCUGGAGACGCUGGACCUAACAUCUAAUUCCAUCUCUGAGCUCAAAGUGGGAUCCUUUCCUUCUAUGCAGCUCAAGUAUCUAAAUUUGAGUAACAAUAAGAUCAGCCUCCUGGAGCCUGGCUGCUUCGAGAACAUCUCCAGCUCGCUGCUGGUGCUUCGGCUAAACAAGAACAGAUUAGUAACGCUGCCGUCAAAAGUCUUCAAACUUCCCCAGCUUCAGUUACUGGAAAUGAAGCGUAAUAGGAUCAAGACAGUGGAUAGUCUGACGUUCAAAGGGCUGGAGUCGCUGAGGUCACUAAAGAUGCAGAGAAAUGGCUUGACAAAGCUGAUGGACGGCGCGUUUUUUGGACUGAACAACAUUGAAGAGCUAGAGCUGGAACACAACAACCUAACAGAAGUUAAUAAAGUUUGGCUCUAUGGCCUCCGCAUGCUACGCAUCCUGCAAAUCAGCCACAACGCUAUAGGCAUCAUCCGAUCUGAUGCCUGGGAGUUUUGCCAAAAACUGGAGAAACUAGACUUGUCCCACAAUCACCUGACAAGACUUGAGGAGACAGCUUUCCUUGGUUUAGGAUUCCUGGAGACUCUGAACUUGGGAGAAAACGCUAUCAGCCAUUUAGGAGAGGGCGUGUUUAGCAGCUUGGCAAACCUGCGCACCCUAGAUAUUCGCAAUAAUGAAAUCUCAUGGGCCAUUGAAGACUCCAUCGCUGUAUUUGAUGGAAUGAAGAAGCUGAACACACUACUUUUACAGCGGAACAAAAUCAAAUCAAUCACCCAGAAAGCGUUUGAGGGACUGGAUGAGCUGAAGGACCUGGACCUGGGCAAGAAUAACAUCAUGUCCAUACAUCCUGAGGCGCUUUCCAAUUUGAACCUCAAAGUUUUUGUCCUGAACACUAGCAGCCUGCUCUGUGACUGUCAUAUGCAGUGGCUGGGUCCAUGGCUGACAGAAAACCACUUCCAUCAGUCAGUCUCUGCUGUCUGUGCCCAUCCUGCUGAUCUCUUUGGCCGCAGUGUCCUGUCAAUCAGCCCAGACGAAUUUGUUUGUGAUGAUUUCCCCAAGCCUCGGAUCACAGCUCACCCAGAGACGUCUGUGGCUCUGCGGGGCAACAACAUCACUCUGAGCUGUGUGGCGUCCAGCAGCAGUGACUCACCGAUGACCAAUGUGUGGCGGAAGGACGGGGAAGUGCUCUACGACGCGGAAGUGGAAAACUAUGCCCGUUAUCAGGAUGGACAGCUCAUCUAUAGCACCGUGCUUCAUCUGCUUAAUGUCAACUUCACUGAAGAAGGCCUUUACCAGUGUGUUGUCUCCAAUCACUUUGGCUCAAACUACUCAAACAGGGCUAAACUUACUAUCAAUGAGCUGCCCUCCUUUCUUAAGACUCCCAUGGAUCUGACGAUCCGCGCUGGGUAUACCGCCCGGCUGGAGUGUGCAGCUGAAGGCCACCCAUCUCCCCAGAUCGCUUGGCAGAAGGAUGGAGGAACUGACUUUCCUGCUGCCAGAGAGCGAAGGAUGCAUGUGAUGCCAGAUGAUGACAUGUUCUUUAUCUCUAAUGUGAAGGCAGAGGACAUGGGAGUGUACAGCUGCACAGCUCAAAAUGCAGCCGGCAGUCUCUCUGCAAACGCUACUCUUUCUGUCCUGGAAACUCCCUCCUUGAUACGGCCAUUGAAGGACCGUACAGUUGCCCAGGGUGAAACUGCAGUGCUCCAAUGUAUAGCCGGAGGCAGCCCCACCCCUCGACUCAACUGGACCAAAGACGACGGGCCUCUCGUGCUCACAGAGCGCCACUUCUUUGCUGCGGCCAACCAGCUUCUUAUUAUAGUUGACGCCGGGCCAGCCGAUGCUGGGAAAUACACCUGCAGCAUGUCCAACACCGUCGGAACAAAGCGCGAUUACAUGUACCUCAGGGUCUCGCCGCUGGCCAACUGUGACACAGAAGACUGGGCCACAGUGGGGAUAGUGGUGAUUGUAGUCGUGUGCUGUGUGGUGGGAACCUCGCUCGUCUGGGUCAUCGUCAUCUAUCAUAUACGGAGGAAGAACGAGGACUACAGCAUCACUAACACUGAUGAGAUGAAUUUGCCACCAGAUAUCCCCAGCUACCUAUCCUCCCAGGGUACCCUAUCAGAGCCACUGGAAGGCUACAGUAACUCAGAGGCAGGUAGCCACCAGCAGCUCAUGCCUCCCCUCUCCAAUGGAUACGUUCAUAAGGGCCCAGAAGGGGUGUGCUAUGGAGACGCGGGCAAUGAGGUGGAAAGUGAAGGGAGUGGGAUGCUGCACUGCAAGAUGGGCUCUCUGUUGACUGGCCGUAGCAGCUUCCAGGCUGGCGAGCCUCAUAAGGGAUUAGCGGGUGUCUCCUCAGGUGGUGCAGGUCCCCUUGUCAUCUGCUCCGACUGUUACGACAACGCAAACAUCUACUCUCGAACUCGAGAGUAUUGUCAAUAUAAUUUCCUGGGGGAGGAUGAUCCAUUGGACGGGGCUCUGCCAGGCCUGAUGGAUGGCCUUGGUGACAGUUCCCACCCUGAGGACACGCCACCGGGGAGCCUCAUGCACCAUCAGGACUCACCGGGGUAUAUCACUUCGCCUGAGAAAACAUCAAACAAACACGCUGCUGCAGAUCAAUAUGUUGAAGAUUCCCUUGGCAGUUCUUUAUGGAGACCAGGUGAAGAUUCAUCCUCAGUUUGUCAACCUGGAGCCUCUCAUCUCUCAGUAACAUUAAACAGGACACCUCUGGCCUCAGCUGCUGACAGGGUGGUGGAGCAGAGUGAAGCAGAGGCCAACUUCUUCCCAGGGCAGCCUGUCCAGGACCACAGAAGGGCCUACGAUAGGACUACCCCACAGGAGCAUAAUGGUCCCACAUAGGCUCUUUUAAUCCAGGCCUCAGACUUAUUUUUCUGCACCUCCUUUCCUCCCGACCUUAACCCUCCGCCCACUACCUCUAAAGAGAUUCCUUACUUUCUGCCAAAGAUGCUCUCUUGUAUGUUUACAUUCCCCGUUCACCCAGGAGGACAUGUUGAAGUUUUCUGCUACAGAAAGACCGCUUUCUGAGACAGGAUUAAUUAAAAGGACCGCCUUCUAGACUGCCUCAUCUCAGAAGGAACCCCUUCUACCGCUAUUAUAUCUAUCCUCCUCCCGUCUCCCACAAGAUAAAAGAAUGAAUGUAUGCUUUAUGGAACCGUGUCAGAAUCUGCCAUCAGAGCAACUCAACAUCACUUCUCUUAGGCAGUUGUGCCUCAGCAUUUGCGGUACCCGUACUGCACGUCUUAAAAAGGAAACACUAAGCGCCCCUUUUCAAGAGGAAAAAAAGAAAAAGGGGGUAAUUAAAGAGACGGAUGUCGUUCCCUGACCAGCAGUAUUCAGUUAAUAAUAUUGGAAGACUCUCAAAGGCUUACCUCUCAUGUGUCCGCCGCCAUUCUGACUUAGUCUUAUGCAAAUUCCACGCAGUAACACCAAAAUGUGGUGUGUGUAUAAUGAGUAUAUACCUAUUUUUUUACGCAUUAUCAUUAUUUGUUGUUGUUUCAAGAUGUGUUAAUUUUACACUUUUAUUUUUUUUUUUUUAAGAAUAAUGAGCAUUUUGUGAAGAAAACCAUUUGUUUUGCACAUGAGACAAUCAGUUUCUCUGGGUAUUUCCUGAUGGUUGUCUAACAGAUGGCCUUGUUUUCUAUGUCAAGAUCAAGCAUUCGCAGUGACCUUUUCUUUCUACAGUAUGCACUGAUUUGUUAGCCCUUUUGUACCUUUUGUUACAGGCACUUCAUGUUGGCAAACUUUAUUGUGCAGUUUACUCACUUUUUAAGAUUAGCAAGAUUUUUUUUAAUUUCAUUUAAAUAAGAAAAGUAAUGAGCAGACAUAAAUGGUAGUGAAGCUUAUGAUUUUACUCUGGACUGUGAAAAAAGGAAUGUAUCAUGUUAUUUUAUCUGUACAUGUAUGUAAAUAAUGUUAUCAAAUGAACACCUUGAUCUAUUUGUGCAUUUAAGGUGAGAAGUACAGCAGCUACUUGAAACAAGCAUUUUAAAGUGGACAGUGUGUGAGCAGUAUCCUUAAAUUUUACAUUUUUACAUACAAAGUCCACUUUUUUGCCACUUCCAACGAGAUAUAUAUAUAUAUAUAUCUACAUCUAAGUUUCUUUCGUUUCUUUUUUUGUUGUUGAAAGACACUAAUCUGAAACCUGCACCGUCAGGGUCCAAACUAUCCACUUCGAUUAUGGAAAAUCCUUCUGUCGUGAAGGCUCCGGAAAAUCCCCAGCAUGUAUUUUCCAUGCUAAAACAUUUAGUGAAGCGCAGAUUCAGUGGAGAGGAUUUAUAAAACCUCAGUUGAACUUUGAUAGGGUGGUUGAACUAAAACAGAUUUAACAGUGCUGAUCACAAAUACGGGUUUUAUUCAGACUGCUUCUAUUUAGCCCAUGGGUCAUACAUGAAUUUGUUGAUGGGUGUUUCCAAUGUCAGUUCAUCUUCAUAUAUGAUAGUUUGGUUAGAUUUUCAUCUUAAUCAUGAAGUCAUUACAUGAUUCAGGAAAUUUGGUCUGUUGUUGGGAUCCUGUCAUUUGAAUGGGACUCACCUAAAGUAUGCUGGAAGUAAUCAUCAAGGGUGUCAUUUUAUGGCUUCAUGCUGGAUUCUUCUUUAAUAUAAUCUAUUAUAGAUGAAGUUUUUUUUUUUUUUUUUUACAUGAAUCGUCAUCAUCAAUGGUUUAGGCACUUUCUCAGUCUUUUUUUUUUUUUUUUUUUUUUUUUUUCUUCCCUGAGCAAAUCAGCAGCAACUUUAAUGACCAACUGGUAUCCAAGCGAGGAAUAAAACCUUGGUUUGACUUUGAUCUGGUUAUUUGGUCUCACUCCUAGUUUAUGUAGCACUAAAUGAUUGAUUGGUUUCUGUUCUUUUGAUGAGAAAUAGUCGAUGGAAAGCUUGCAGUCAUAAGUGAUUUGGAUUGAUUUAUGUCUGGAGUGUUAAAACUUUUUUUUAAUUCUUAUAUCAAAGUGCAGCCUAU